AUGUACAAGCAGGCCAUGGAGAAGUUCGCUGUUACGUGUUAUGUUCUUGGUUCUCGGGGGAGGCUAUGUAAGAGCAGUUUUCAGAAGCUCUCCCAGGUUAGAUAUUAUGACUGGGGAUGUGCAGUUGCAAGGAGCCGACCCCCAAGCAUGCAACCCUACAGCAGGCCACCCUAUGGGGUCGUUCCUUACUUCCCAGCAGCCAGCAAGCAGUGCGACAAGGCCGCGGAUCCCCUACAUUGGUCCCCUCGUAAGCGCCAAGGAGAAGCUCCGCACGUGAACAACCCUCGAAGGUACUUGAACACCAUCAGCGAUCGUUUCCAGAGCAUGUUCGACGGACUUCUGAAAGAAGUUCUCUGUCGGGUGGACGAAGCGCUCUUUCCGGAAGACCACCGCAUCGCGUAUCAGCAGGUUUACUGCAUCAACUACGAGGAGGGACGAGACUCUGGCCUGAAAGCCCAUACCGAUGACUCAGACCUGACCAUCAACGUGUUUCUCGGAUCUCCCGAUGGCUACGAGGGAGCGGAGCUCCUCCUGCUGUCACCAGCUCCGGAGGACACGGCCUGUGGAACUCCCAGACUGGAUCCUGGAAUCUACAAGGGCUCGUCGCUGUCCUACCGACAUGAGGAGGUUGGUACCGCUCUACUUCACCCCGGCGAUCGCUGGCAUGCUGUGGAAAAGCUUCGAUCAGGGAGCCGGUGGAACCUGCUGAUCAUGGCACUGCGCGACGAUGCUGCUUGGAAGCGGACCUUCUAUGAGGAGGAGGCCCGGCACCUGUCGGCAAAGGCUGAAUCCUUGGCGCAGACGGCUUAG